CCCCCACACCCAAAGACCCUUUCCCAGCAAAGAUCCGAAAAACCGGGACAGGAUCCUGGCCGCCCCCUUCUCCCCCUCGGGGAGAUACUUUCGCUCUGGCAGAUGACCACAAACGCCUCGUCCUAUUCCGAACCGAGCGACCCCGCCUGGGAGAGGGUCAGCGUCAGAUGGGUGUCGCGGCGCUGCACAGCGGUCACGUUCUCAGCCUGUGAGUCCUACGUCUUGGUGGCGGACAAGUCUGGAGACGUCUUUUCCUUCUCUGUGACCAACACACAAGAAGAGGGGCGCCUGGAGCUCGGCCAUCUGUCCAUGCUGCUGGACCUGGUGGUGACUCCAGAUGGGCGAUAUAUUAUUACCUGCGACCGUGACGAGAAGAUCCGGGUCAGCCUGUGGGGGGCGCCACAUGUCAUCAGUUCAUUCUGUCUAGGACACACUGAGUUUGUGUCACAGCUGCUGGUGCUGCCCGGACCCGAUAAUAUGCUGCUCUCUGGAUCGGGGGAUGAAACGGUGCGGCUCUGGAAAUAUCAAUCCGGGGAAGAGAUUCACAGGUGGAACCUCAGAGAUGUCCCCAGGCCAAGAGACCAUGAGGAAAUCCAGAGGUUUGCAGUGACCAGACUGAGCUGCUCCCCGGGAGGAGAACACCUGGCUGUGCUGUGUGAUGGGGUGUCGGGGAUGUACCUGUUCUCGAUGUCCAGUGGCCCCUCCCUCUCUCACACCCAGUACGUUUCUCUGCCCUAUGUCCCCUUGGACCUGGAUUUUCAGGACUCCGCCUCCCUGUGGGUGUUGUCAGGGGUGAAAGAGAACCCCAUAGAGUUGCACAGAUACGACAAGGUUUCCUGGCACGCGGCACCACCAGAUGAAUACACCAAGAGACUGUCCGAGACCAUCCGAGAGAACUGGGAGCAGAUGGAAGGCGCGGCGUCUCCAGCCGGUUCAGCGGACUGUAUAAAGCGGUGUUUGACAACAUGGCCUCCUACUUGAUGAAGAAAGAAGCUCGCCUCCAAUCAGAGAAGAGGAAAGUUCUCCUCUGGGUCACCUCGCUCUGUUGUGAAGGUGCAUAAGACGUGA